CUGUAGCCUGAAGCUUAAAGACUGUGUAGCAUUCUCUCCCCCUUCCUCUCUCUUUAACAUCCAGUCUUCGUGUGCAGUGGGAUUUGUGUGCAGAGAUAUGGGGACUUCUAUCUACCUAAUAGUCCUGAUCACAAACUUCUACCUAACCAGUGGAUAUGAAGGUUCGGGCUAUUCACCACAAGAAGACGAUGAGGAUUUAUAUGCACGCAAUAGAAAUGGCGCUACUCCAUGGUGUUCUCCAAUCAAGGUUAAAAAUGGCCAUGCCACCUGCAGCAGCCCAUAUGGAUCUUAUUACAAGAAUGUGAGAGGAACAAGGUGCAGUAUCCAUUGCCAGAAAGGCUAUGAGCUCCACGGAGCGUCUGAGAUUAUUUGCCAGGCAGACAAGAGAUGGUCUGGUAAAUACGCAUGCAAGCAAAAACGAUGUUCCAGUCUAACAAUGCCCAUUUAUGGAGGUUUCAAGUGUUUAGAUGGAGCCUACUUUAACUCUAGAUGUGAAUAUUUCUGCUCACCGGGCUACCAGCUGAAAGGAGACAGAGUUGUAACUUGUUUGGAUAACAAAUCUUGGAGUGGAAAACCAGCCACUUGUGUCGAUUUGGAGCCUCCUAGAAUCCAGUGUCCAAGUGUAAAGGAAAAAGUAGGAGAACCAAAUAAGCUAACAGCAAGAGUUUUCUGGGACACCCCAGAGGGAAGAGACACAGCAGAUGGUAUAUUAACUGAUGUGACUUUGAAAGGACGACCAUCAGGCUCCGACUUUCCAGAAGGAGAUAAUAAAAUCCAGUAUACUGUAUUUGAUAGAGCUGGGAACAAAGCCUCUUGCAAAUUUAGUGUGAAAGUUAAAGUUAGGCGCUGUGGUAAACUGAAUGCUCCAGAAAAUGGAUAUAUCAAAUGUUCCGGUGCUGGUGAUAAUUACGGAGCAACCUGCGACUACUUCUGCGUUGGUGGUUAUGAACUGCAAGGAAGCCCGGCUCGUGUCUGCCAGUUUAAUUUAGCCUGGUCUGGAACAGAGCCAACUUGUUCCUUUAUGAACAUAAAUGUUGGAAUGCGAAGUGCAGCAGAAUUCCUGGAUCAGUUUUAUGAGAAAAGGAGAUUAUUAAUCUUAUCAACUCCUACUGCAGCUGAUUUAUAUUAUAGAUUGCAAGUUGGAAUGCUUCAGCAAGCUCAAUGUGGCCUGGAUCUAAGACAUUUAACAGUAAUUGAAUUAUUUGGGAUGUAUCCAACAUAUAUUGGAAGAAUAGGACGCCGUCUUCUUCCACCAGCACUAGGGAUACAAUUAAGGUUGCUGCUGCGAAUCUCGGAGAGCAAAUUUCAGAUGGUGGUUUUGGACAAACAUGGUGUAGACAAGGAGAGAUACGCGUUUCCUGUCAACAGUGCAGAUCUAUUUACACUCAUUGAUACUUUCCCUCUUAGAAAAGAUGAAAUGAAGUUCCAAGCUGAAUCAGGUCACACUUGUAACUGAUCAACAGGGAUUUUAUAUAUUAAUUAACUCAUAAUAAUGUGCUGCUCUUGAUGCAUAAAACAAAUUACUCUUUUUAAAUCUAGAUGUACAGAUUUUUUUUCCCAGAUUUUAAUGCUGUAUAUUCUUUGUUUAAAUGAUAUAUGCAUGAUUUUUUUUUAGUACAGUCACAUGCCAAGUAACUUAACUGCUGCCAUCUUUACAGCUUUAUGUACAGACACUACAUACAAAUUCUUAGUAACGUGAAUAUUUCAGACAGGCAUUUUCAGUACUUGUAAAAUUGGGGAUUUUCUUUAAAAAAACAAAUAACAUUUAUUAAUAAAAACUACUUUUUACGCAGAGAUGCUACAUUUUAUUGUGAAAGAAAAAUAUGUUUGUGUAAUUGGGCAAACUGUAAAAUAUAAAGAACAUAUUGAAACCUGCA